CCAUGGUGCCAAAUAACUACAUUGGCUACAUGCUACAUUCUGGCUUCGCUAUGCUUCUGCUGGAAAACCGAAAUGAGCAGAAAUGACAUUUGUCUGCUUCUAGGGGCGACUGGCGUCGGAAAAACGUUGUUGCUGAAACGUCUACAAAAGCUCAGUUUGCAGGGGUUAGGUGAACUGGAGUCACCACCUUCAACUUUGCCUACAGUAGGAACCAACCUUACAGACCUGACACUGAAGAAGAAGAAGAAGGUGACAUUAAGAGAGCUGGGAGGCUGCAUGGGCCCUAUAUGGCCGAGUUACUUCAAAGACUGCUCUUCUGUUAUUUUCAUGGUGGACUCAGCCAACAUUGUUCAGAUAUCCUCUUCUUGUAUCCAGCUGCUGUCAGUACUGUCUGCUGAGCCUCUGCGCAGUGCCUCUGUGCUUAUUCUCUUCAACAAAAGGGACUUGCCUUGCACUAUGAGUCUUAUCGAGAUAAAAUCACUGUUCAGGAUGGAUGACAUUAUUGCAUCUGCUACUCAGCCAAUCACAACACUGGAACUCAGUGCCCGCUCCGGACAGGGUCUUCAGGAGGUGCUGAGCUGGCUGGAGUCUAUCAUAAUCAAGUGAACUAUCACACGUUUGCUCCUUAUGAAGUGAUGCUACUCUCACAGGACUUUGAAUGAUGGCUUCAAGCAUUUUAGCAAGAGGUGUCAGUAUCCUUGGUGUGCAAAACCCCCAUUUUUAAGAGGAUUUAAUUAUUUGUUAAGUUUUGGACUCACUGAAAAAGUGGCAAGACAUAUGACAAGAAAAACUGUUAAUGUUGUAUCUUUGGUACCAUAUAAAUAUGGUGACUGUUCACAAGGGUGAAAGUGGGAAGAGAUGUAGAAAUUAAAUCAUAGCAGGAUGGAACGAUUGUAUGGUUGGCCAUUUGGUAAAUCAACUGUAGGUCUUACCUGCAGUUAAUAGUUAUUUAUAAUCACUUUUACUAAUUAAAUUCCAGACAGAUAAACAGUGAUUCAUGACUGAUCGUAGUGUGAUCACAGGACUUGCAAGUUCUCCUAAAUUGGGGGAAACCUCAUGCUACAAUGUAAUGACUAGUUUUAUACUGAUAUAAAAUAAGCUCUUGCAUAGUUUUAAUUACUAGUUAAGUGUGAGAAACACAUGUUAUAAGAGCUUGGCUUGUCAGAGUAAUUGAAGUAUCUGCAGCAUAAUAGUAAUAUGUAAUAGUAGUAAUAGUCAUUAACAGCAGGGAGCAUAAAAGGCACAACAAAUAUUGUAGCUGUGCUUGAGUUGUGAUGGUUUCAUUUUAAAUGUGUUGAUAUCAGAGGAAAUGAGAAAAAUACAAAACAAUACAACCAACUGAAGAAUGAAGCAGCAUUGUAAUUAUACCCUUAUAUUUGAUGAGUCUGUGGUUCACAAGCAAUGAAUAAAACUCAGGAUUCAUACA